AAUCUCCAAGCACAACUCAUAAUUCGUCAAAGUCAUUGCAGGUCCCUGAAGCUGCAUGACUUCGCUGUAGUGAGGCUACGCUGCGCUUUGUUUGCUCCAUACGCAUACGACCUGAGUUAUGGAGCUCGAUCUUAUUCCAAAUUUCAGGGGGCAAAAGACAUGCUGGGAAUUGAUUUCUUUUAAGAGCUCCCAUGGCGUCCACGCAGUUCUCUUCCAACUGCGCUCUGGGCGAAACUCAAAACAAGUGCCUCCAGCGACAAGAUGCUUCUUCAUACCAUCACAAGCCUGCUCGCCUUGCCGCUCAUGUCGGCUUCAAUUGCCAAAGCCUCAUCAGCGAAACCAGCCAAGAUUGCUCGCAAGAUUCCAAUUUUCGACAGCACUACAAAGGGUAAGGACUACGUUCAAUGGGUCAGCGAAGAAACUCGGCGCCACCUCAAUGACACGGUCGUGUGCGGUAACAUCCGACACAUCGCUUUGGACUUCGCUCUGAUACCUGUGUUCGACUUGUCGAACGGCAAACCUGUUGUCUCACACAUCGACAUUUCUGCUUCCCCACAGUGCAAAGGCCCAUACCAUGACGUUUAUGUACGAAGCUUUGCUCAUACGGAAGACAUUGUGCCCAAGGAAGGCAUCAUCAGUGGCUUUGAAUUCAUCACCUAUCAUGCAGUGAACACGGCAUUCUGGGACGAGAAAACCGGUCUAAUUGAAGCUCGAGUCUGCAGCGUUACUCAGGUCACUGUGGCUGUAGGGAGCACACUUGAACCUAAGACAGUCGUCUGUACAAUCAGCCCAAGCUGAACACACCCUAAGGAUUUGUUUCAAGUUUGGUGGCUAGCAUUCUCUACGGCUUCGCAGCUGAUGAGUGCCACUGGACGAACAUCUUUCUUCAUUUCUUCUCAUGCAGCAUUACCAUUUUAUUGCCCUCAAAAUCUCGCGACAUGUUUGCCUGUCCUCGUAUACCUUUGCCUCUUCCCUCGUCAAGGGCUGACAGAUUCUUGCGGUCCAGCAGCGCGGCUCAGAGUUUGUCUGUCUCUUGCGUUCCAGAAGCGGAAGCGGAAGCUACAGAUGCAGCAAGUGAGCCCCCUUCAGCUGCCUACUGUCAGGAGCUACGUCGGAAAUGAUUUGCUGUGCAGCGAUGCAGCGUUUGUUUGUUUGUUUGUGCGCAAAUUUGGCCAUUGCAGUUUGCCAAUUUGAGCUCACUCUGAGCUGCCUAGACUGCCCGCAGGCCUCCCUAGGGCUCUA